AUGAUGCGUACACCGCCAUCGAGUGCUGACGGUGAUCAGCGGCAAGAACAGUACGUUGACAAUGCAGUGAUGCCAAAACAACAGAACGUGGUUAAAAGUGAAUCUAAAGAACUAAAAGUGAUGAAAUUUAAAAUGGAAGCAAUGAAGAGAAAUUUAUUGAGAGUGGAAGAUGGUCUAUUGGAUGAAGAUGUAGUGCCUAAUAUGAAUCUGCAAAGUAAGCAGUUUUUGCAGCUUCAAGUGAGAAUAGUGGAAGCAGCUCACACGGAAGCAGAGGCUCUCAGGAUGCGACUUUUCGAAUUGGAUGCUGAGGAAGAAAUUCGAGAAGAGUACGAAGCGGAUUACAUCGAGAUUGAACACCUGUAUGGUAAGCUGUUUGUGUUCUUGACCACUCGGAUGGAUGACAUCGAGAGGAAGGAGAAGGAGCAGAUAUACCCCCCAGCCGUAAGUAACCCACCUUUUUCUACUGCACAAUAUCAUGUGCCUCCAUUGAAAGUUCCUCUACCUACGUUCGACGGAAAAUAUGAGAAUUGGUACGCAUUCAAGUCGAUGUUCCAGACAGUUAUGUCCCGAUAUAGAUCUGAAUCACCAGCAAUUAAACUGUACCAUUUGCGCAAUUCUCUUGUGGAUAAGGCAGCAGGUAUCAUCGACCAAGAUAUCAUCAACAAUAAUGACUACGAUGCUGCUUGGAUGAUAUUGCAGAAUCGUUUCGAAGACCGUCGACUAAUUAUUGACAAGCACAUAGAUGCGUUGCUUGAUUUGCCGAAACUCAACAGCGAGAGUGCCACCGAUCUUCGUAAACUGAUCGAUGUGUGCACCAAAAAUGUGGAUGCUUUGAGGAACUUGGGUUUAAAUGUAACUGGGCUGGGGGAAAGUAUGCUUCUUAAUCGUAUAGCUUCGAGACUGGACAGUGAAACCCGAAAGGCUUGGGAACUAUCGCAAAAAAUUGAUGAACUCCCAGAUUACGCAGAAACUAUGGAGUUUUUGCGAGAAAGAUGUCGUGUACUGGAGAAAAUCAACCUUCUUUCUUCAGUGAAACCAGCUCAAAGAAUGCAGAAGCCAAUUCGAGUUGUAGGAGAUCCCAAGAUGAGAAUCAACAGCUUCGUUACUCGCACCGAACAGUGUCCCCACUGCCAAGGAAGUCAUGAAUUGUGGAAGUGCGACGCUUUUAAAAAGGUUUCUUUGUCCGAUCGCUACACGACGCUGCGCAAAGCCGGUGCUUGCUUCAAUUGCUUACAGAAGGGGCAUAGAACAACCAACUGCAGUUCCGAGAGCACUUGCAAGAAGUGCAAAAAGCGGCACCAUACAAUUCUUCACCCAGAAAUCAACAAUCAACAGAAGCGAUCCGAAACCCCUGCUACAUCAACGAAGUUUCCCGAACCAAACCAGCAUACAUCGGAAGCAGCGCCAGCUGCACAGGUUAUUCCAGAAUCCGAAACCCGAUCAUCGUUCUGCGUGCAACCCAAGGUAGGAGGAAAGCAGAUACUGUUAUCAACAGCAGUAGUUCUUGUUUGUGGCAACGCUGGAGAACCGUAUCCUUGCCGCGUACUUUUGGACUCUGGGUCGCAUACAAACUUCGUGACUGAAAGCUUUGCUACACUACUCGCACUGGAGAAGGAACCGGUGCAUUUUUCGAUCAGCGGUCUCAACGACAUCAAGACGAAAGUUCGGUUCAAGAUUCACACCAUGAUCAAAUCACGAAUCAGCGAAUACCAUUCUUGCCUAGAUUUCCUUGUAGUACCAAGGAUUACCGGACUAUUACCAUUGACGAUGAUUGAUCCAGUUCCUCUCUCGAUUCCUGACGGUAUCCAAUUGGCGGAUCCGAACUUCUACGUACCGGAAAAGGUUGACAUGCUUCUGGGCGCGGAAGUAUUUUUCCAAAUGUUGAAAACCGAUCGCUUGCAUCUUUCAAGUUCUGCCGUUCUCCAAGAUACCCAGUUUGGCUGGGUUCUGAGCGGUGCUAUCCCGAAAAAGUGUUCCGGAGUUGUGCAAUCAUUCUGUAAUACAGUUGAAGACGAAAACCUGGACGCAUUAGUGAAGCGAUUUUGGCAAAUUGAUUCCUUUAGUGACCCCGAACCAGCAAAGGAACCCGAAGAAGAACUCUGCGUCCAACACUACCUGGACAACUACCAACGAGCACCCGAUGGACGAUAUGUGGUCCGCCUUCCAUUCAACGGUUUGCAGCACAAAUUGGGAGAUUCAAGAGUGAUGGCCGAAAAGCGAUUCCAAUCCGUUGAGAGACGUCUCGACGCAUCACCUGAUAUCAAGCAACAGUACAGUGAAUUCCUCAGAGAAUACGAAGAUCUUGGUCACAUGAAGCAGAAUACCAACACCGAUCAAGAUAACCAACAUGCUGCAUACUACCUGCCCCAUCACUACGUGUUGAAACCAAGCAGUACGACGACAAGAUUGAGAGUAGUUUUUGAUGGAUCUGCCGAGUCUAGUUCAGGCAUAUCUAUCAACAAGACCCAGAUGGUUGGACCGACUGUACAGAGUCAUCUUGUGCAAAUUCUAUUAAAUUUCCGCUCCUACAAGUUUGUUUUCACUUUGGACAUACCGAAAAUGUACCGCCAGGUAUUGGUACAUCAAGAUGACAUCCCGUAUCAACGCAUAGUAUGGAGAGAGACGCGGAAUCAACCCCUGCGAACAUAUGACCUACAGACAGUAACCUAUGGUUUGGCGUCAUCUCCCUUUUUGGCCACUAUGACCCUGAACCAAUUGGCCGAAGACGAAGGACAUCGUUACCCAUUAGCAGCCGAAGUUUUGAAAAACUCCUUCUACAUCGAUGACGCACUUACGGGUGCGAACACGCUUGCAGAAACGAUUGAACUGAAGAACCAGUUAGUAGCACUGUUGGCAAGAGGUGGCUUCGAAGCGCACAAAUUUUGCGCGAAUUCCGAUUUGAUUCUAACUGACGUUCCGAACGAAAAUUGCGAAGUGAGCAUUAAUACAGAUCCCAGCAUAAAUACCAUCAUGAAGACGCUCGGCGUUUCAUGGAAACCGAAGGAAGAUUGUUUCACUUUUGUCGUACCUCAAAAUGUCCACUUGAAGAUUACUCAGCGACGUCGCCAAGAUUUUUGA